AUGGCUACUCAAUCUCUCAUUGAUAUCACUACUCUUUCUCCCAAAUUCCAAGAUCUCUACGCCAAGGCUAAGGAUUUUGUUGAGAAUGAAUGUAUUCCUGCUGAAAAGACUUAUGAGCUCCAAAUGGGUCAAAACGAAAACAGAUGGAAGAUCAUUCCUCCCGUUUUAGAGGAACUCAAGACCAAGGCCAGAGCUCUUGGCCUUUGGAAUCUCUUCUUGGGCCAAGAUUACCCUGAGGGUGCUGGUCUGACUAACCUCGAAUACUCUUUGAUUGCUGAGGUUACUGGUCGUUGUCCCAAGUUGGCCCCUGAAGCCAUGAACUGUUCCGCUCCUGAUACUGGUAAUAUGGAGGUGUUCGCCAAGUAUGGUACUCCCGCACAAAAGGAAAAGUGGCUCAAGCCUCUUUUGGAUGGUAAGAUCAGAUCUGCUUUUGCCAUGACUGAACCCAGAGUUGCUUCCUCUGAUGCCACCAACAUUGAGACCAACAUCCGUCGUGUUGGCAAUGAAUACGUUAUCAACGGUUUAAAGUGGUGGAUCUCUGGUGCUGGUGAUCCUCGUUGUGCCGUCUACCUCUUGAUGGGUAAGACUGAUGCCGAUAACAAGGAUAAGCAUCGCCAACAAUCCAUCGUCAUUGUUCCUGCUGAUACUCCUGGCAUUACUGUGGUGCGUCCCAUGAAGGUCUUUGGUUUCGAUGAUGCCCCUGAGGGCCAUUGUGAGAUUAUCUUCAAGGAUGUUCGUGUUCCUGUAGAGAACAUUAUUUUGGGUGAGGGUCGUGGUUUUGAGGUCAUUCAAGGCCGUCUUGGUCCUGGCCGUAUCCAUCAUUGUAUGCGUUGUAUUGGUAUGGCUGAACGUGGUUUGGAUUUGAUGUUGAACCGUGUCACUGAUCCCACUCGUCGCACCUUUGGCAAGACCUUGGCUGAACACGGCACCAUCGUUGCUGAUAUUGCCACUUCUCGUAUUGAAAUUGAUCAAGCUCGUUUCUUGGUCUUGAGCGCUGCUCGCAAGAUUGAUCAAGUCAAGGCUAAGGGUGCUAUGAAGGAAAUUGGUAUGGCCAAGAUUGUUGCUCCUAACAUGUUGCUCAAGGUCUUGGAUCGCUCCAUGCAGGCUCAUGGUGCUGCUGGUAUCUCCCAAGAUACCCCUUUGGCUCAUUUCUACGCCUCUGCUAGAACUUUGAGAUAUGCUGAUGGUCCUGAUGAGGUUCACCGCGCUCAAAUCGGCAAGGUUGAGCUUCGUCGUGCUGCUGAAGUGUCUGCCAAGAUCAAGGAACAAAAGGAGAAGGCUGACCGUCUUGCUGCUCAAUCCACCAGCAAACUCUAA